AUGGCGCCGCGCCAUCGCCGCUCCCACCUCCUCUCCCUCAUCCUCUCCAACAUCCUCAUCCCCCUCGCGGUCUUUGUCUUUGCGACUGGCUUCUUCCCUUACAAACCUUUCCUUCCUGGCCUUGCUACUUUUCACGAUGAUGAUUUAGGGAGUACUGUGCCUCGCUCUCCUCGGCCGCGCGCAGUCUUCGACCGUGUGAUUUUCAUGGUCGUUGAUGCGCUGCGGAGUGAUUUUGUCUAUGGGUAUGAGUCGGGGUUUGAAUUUACGCAGAGCCUCAUCCGCUCCGGCGCCGCCCUGCCCUUCACAGCCCAUGCCACGCCCCCAACCGUCACAAUGCCGCGCAUCAAAGCCCUGACUACCGGCUCCGUGCCCUCCUUCCUCGACCUUAUCCUUAACUUCGCCGAAAGCGAUACUUCCUCCUCCCUCGCGCAGCAGGAUACAUGGCUCGCGCAAAUUCGCGCUGCGGGCGGCGAGCUGGUCUUCUAUGGGGAUGACACAUGGUUGAAGCUCUUCCCUGGCAUCGCGGAGGAGGGGAGAGACUUCUUUCUGCGCUCCGAGGGCACAAGCUCUUUCUUCGUUUCGGACUUUACCGAAGUGGAUCUCAACGUAACGCGCCAUGUGCCCUCUGAACUGCGACAGAGCGACUGGCAAGCACUCAUCCUGCACUACCUCGGCCUCGAUCACAUUGGGCACAAAACUGGUCCCCAGGGACCGAAUAUGCUGCCCAAGCAGCGCGAGAUGGACGGUGUUGUGCGCAUGAUUUACGAGGCGAUGGAGACGGAGGUGCAUCUGCAACGCACGCUUCUGGUGCUCGCGGGCGAUCAUGGAAUGAAUGCUGGUGGCAAUCACGGCGGUAGUGGACCCGGUGAGACCGAGCCUGCAUUACUCUUUGCUAGUCCACGGUUGAAGGAUAUGGUUGGGCAAAAGGGGAGAAGGGAGUACGAAUGUCCUACUUCACCGAAGGAGGGCACGGAGUUUCAUUACUAUUCUAAGGUGGAGCAGAGCGAUGUUGUGCCUGUCCUUGCGACGUUGUUGGGGUUGCCGAUUUCGAAGAACAGUUUGGGGGUUCUGAUUCCGGAGCUUGCGGAGGGUGUGUGGGUGGGUGGCAAGGGGGGAGAGGAGGGCUUGGGGCAUUUGGAACGCAAUGCUAGGCAGAUGUUGGAGAUUGUGAGGGCGAAGUAUGGGGUGGAGGGGUUUGAGGCGAGAAGUGCGAGGUUCAGGACGACGCUGGGUGGUGAGCUUGGAGAAAAUGCAUGUUGGCUUGCCAAUGGCGACGAAGAGCAACUGGCUUGCGAAUGGGCACAAGUGUCGCUGGUCCUGGAGAACAGGGCUGGCGGCGGAGGGAAAGAUGCCGAGACAGCACAGAAGACUCUCUACCGCUUCCUCGCCCACGCCCAGGAAGCCAUGAGCGACACGGCCAGCUCCUACGACAUCCCUCGCAUGGUCGGCGGAAUGGUGCUUGUCGCCUGCGCACUUGUGGCCGCCGUGGCCUCUUUUCUAUCCUCCUUCUGGCCUCCAAGCACUGCCGGCGUCUUCUUCACCCUCCUCAGCCUCCUUUACGGCAUCAUGAUGUUCGCCAGCAGCUACGUGGAAGAAGAGCAGCAUUUCUGGUACUGGCUAACACCCGCCUGGAUCGCGCUCCUCAUCGCAAGAAACUUCUUCCACUCCAGCGACAACUCCUCCCACGCAACGCGCACCCUCCUCGCCGCCUCCCUCCUCCUCCUAACCCACCGCCUCUCCCUCCGCUGGAACCAAACCGGCCAGAAACACGCCGGCGAAGCAGACAUCGUGCACACCUUCUUCCCCUCCCACCAUAUCCUCCUCUGGCUGCUCAUCCUCGCCACUUAUCUCCUCAACGCCUUCCAGCUGCACGUGCGCACUUUCGCAGAUAUCCUGUCCCGCGAGCUGGCCAUGUGUUUGGAAUCCACGCUCGUGGUGCUGGCGAUUGUGUUCAAGUUGAACUUCACGCAGGCUGAUGCGCCCGAGUUGGUGCGGGGGUUGGGGAGGGUGAUUCGCGAGGUCAGCGAGGAGUUUCCGCUUGUGCCGCAGGCGCGGGCGGUGUUUAUUUUGCUGGGCGUUGGGGUGGGGGUUUUGGGUGUGUGGGGGGUGAUGAGCUGGUCCCGUCUUUCGACUGGGAAGGCUGGAGAGGUGAAGGACGGAAGAAGGGUAAUAUCCAUGCCGGAGCGACUACACCCUCUGCUCACGCUGUUUCUCAUGACGCAGACGCGCGCGCCGAACGUGCCGCUUUUCCUGUUCAUGGAGGUGCAGCGGUAUUGUUUCGACCGACUCAUCUCGCGGGAACCACGAACAUCAACAACGGACAAAGGAGGAGAAGUGCAAGAAGCGACUUCAACGAUGGAAGUGGCAACAACGGCCCUCCUCUUCUCCCACGCGACCUACUUCAGCUUCGGCGGCUCCAACUCGAUUUCCAGCAUCGACCUCAGCAAUGCGUACAACGGCGUGGCGGACUACAACAUCACCGCCGUGGGCGUGCUGCUGUUCGCGAGUAAUUGGGCGGGAGCGAUUUGGUGGUGCAGUGCGGCUGUGCAGCUCCUCAUGCCGAAGCGCACUCCGCCACCUUCUGCUAAAAAGGCAGCCAGACGACAGGACGGCGGGGAGAGGGAUUGGGUGAUGGUUGAGCGGGCGAAACUCCACGAAGACGCUGUCCUCGCCGCACGCACAUCUGCUGAUCAAAAGACGACGAGCCUUCCAGCCUUGCUUGGAGAAGGCCUUUGGACUACCUACGUCUCCGCCAUGACCGCCUUCGUCGCCACGGGCCUACUGGCCGUCAUGGCGGCUUGCACGGCGCUGCGCACGCAUCUGUUCAUCUGGACGGUGUUUAGCCCCAAAUACCUGUAUGCUAUGGCGUGGGCUGUGGGCUGGCAUUUGGUGGGGAAUAUUGGGUUGGGGAGUGUGUUGUAUUGGUUGAGACAAGUUGGGUAG